CGGGUACUCAGACAUCUAAACAUGAGUCUGUCAUGGCUGGCCGUGGCCCUUCUGUGCGGCCCUCUGGGCCCCUUGCCCCUGGGUGCGAUGGCCCCUGAGAACGAGGUGCCCCUCAGGCCCACCACCUGGCUCCUGGAGGACAAGGUCACUCCCAUCCAUCUGCCCAAGGGGAAGACGAGGAGGUUCUACUUCACUCUGAAGAAGAAAACCCCCUCCAUGUCCCUGACUGUAAGUCCCUGCGGAGCCCCUAUUGAGUGGACUCUGGCUGCCCGGACCCUGAAGGACAAGCCUCCCAAAAACCUGCACUGGAGCUCAAAAAAGAGCAUGCCUGAAGUAUGGUGGAGGGGGCCAGGAACAGAGGCAAAAAUCCAUACCUACACUGGCAACUCGGCAGACACCUAUACGGGUCCUGCCUACGCCCCUGCGUCCAUCUACAUCCUGAGGUUGAAGUCGCAAGAGCAGGAUACCAGCGCAUCCGUCUACCUGCACGAGGGACACGGGUCAUCAGGAGCCUUCCCCAAACUUCCAGCCGACCCGAGAGUUCACACGCUUGGGGUGGGACUGACCAGCGUCAGCCUGAGCUGGAACCCCAGCAGCUCCGUGACCCAGCCGAGCCAUUCCGUGAAGCACCUCCACGAUUACUGCGUCCUCGUCAACCGCAACCACAACUACAGGAGCCUCUGUGCCGCCCGCGAGGGCAUUAAAAAGGAGAGGGAGAGGGACUGGAAGAGAGAGAAGAAAGAUAAGCAACGGAAGGAGACGGUGUGGCCAAUACUCAAAGACUGGUGGUGGCAGCAGUGGGAUACCUACGGGGAGAUCCAACCCUCCACCUCAGCUGCUUCUGAUGACUUCGCUGAGCUCGGCUGCACAUGUCGGGGUGUCGAGAGUGUGUGCACCGUCUCUGAGCUGCUGCCGGACACACAGUACUACUUCGACGUCUUCGUGAUCGACAAACUCAACGGCACGAGCGCGGCUUACACCGGCACCUUCGCCCGUACACACGAGGAGGCUCAGCCAGCCGUGAUCGCACUGAAGGAGGGCGAGCCACGUUUGGUGUCGUUGCAGGAUGGACGAGGCAGCAGCAGCAGCAGUGGCAGUGGCGGCGGCAGACAGCAGGGGGCGACGGUGUUCAGCUUCCGCCCCCGCGGCUGGCAGCAGAACGGCCUGCUGACGCUGCAGAGCUGCAACGGCACCCAGAAGAUGAAGGUGGUGGUGACCAGCCGAGGGAAGGUGCUCUCGACCCAGGAGGUGGGGGAACAGCUCGCCCAGAUCUGGCUCCAGGGAGGCCCCUCGUACCUCAUCAGGCUGGAGAGCUCCGAGGCCUCUGCCGUGACCGGCCGGCCAAGGGUCGCGGUCAAGAUCCAGGCGUCUUCGGCGUACCAUCGCCAGGCCGCUCCGGUCCUCCCAGCGACCCUCCAGAUGAAGUCCUUCAACAAGCUGCGCAGCUGCAACUCUAUCACCCUGGCCUGGAUGGGCACGGAGGAGAGGAGCCUGUACUGCGUCUACCAGCGGCGCCUGUCGGACAACGACGGGAACGCCGACCGCUGCCUGGGACCAGAGACCAGGCCCGACUCCGAGAGGGUCCUCUGCAAAUACUUCCAGGAGCUUAACCCCCGACGGGCUGUCACCACGGCCGUGAUCGGAGGCCUGGAGCCAGGAGCCGCCUACUUGCUUGAUGUUUACCUCAUGAGACGCUGGGGAAUCCCAAUAAAGUACCACAGCAAGACAGUGCGAACAAGGCGAGAGUGCUAAGCACCCCACCGCGGCACUCUCGCCUCUCCCUGUCAGUAGCUAGAGACUCAUUGCAGAGAAACGAUUGACAGAGACGUUACCAUGAUUAAGCCAUUCCUUUAAAAAAAGAGACUGGGGGGAUUGUUCUAUGCCACAAUAUUGGUCAAAUCCGACCCUCUGCAGUGAAUUCAAACUGCGACGAAAUCAAACCUCACACCAGCAGAAUGCAUCUGUGUUACUGAAACCCGCCGUGCUCCACUUGCUUUGGUCGUUGUUGUUAAUAAUGAUGCUGAUGCAGAUGAUGUGCCAGUGUUCUGUGUUAAUUAAUUACCCAACUCCGUGUCAGUGCAACAGUAUGUCCGAUCGCUCCCCAGACUGGGCCAAUUAGGCUAUGCAAGCAAAACUGCCCAAGGACUACAAGGACCAGCAGAAGGGUUUUUUUUUCUUCUUAAAACUCAUGGGGGGAAACUGUGUAACUACUUUUGUUUUUCAGCUGAGGAUCUCAGAUCCGUAUAUCUACAGACUUUCUAUGAGGAGAGAAGGGGCAGUUAACUUUGUGCUAUGUUAGUCGUGUCUCUUACUGUUCUGCUUUCGCAUGCAGCAGAUGAAAUACUUUAGCAGUUUGCUUCAUUGUCUUUGAUGUAAUUUUGUGCUACGCUUUGACACGCCAAUAAACUUGCACUCAUUGUCUGUGUAUUGUGAUCAACCGACCAUGGAAGCAGUUUUU